UUUUUAAUUGAAAAUGCAUUGAUUGAUGGGUUACCGGCGUCUUAUUGUCUCAAGCGAAUGAAGAUUUUCCCCUUUGUUCAAUAUGGUCACACUGCACACGCACUCAUUAAAAGACACCCAAAUUAAAAUUGAAAAUGGAAAAGCAUCGCUUGCCGCUUCCGGAAUUGCACGACGAUAAACACAGACACAAACAGUGCAAUGGCGAAAAUAGCAACCGCUUUCGACCACCGAAAUACAAGACGCGCAGCUACGUGGCGGUAGACAAUAACAAUUUGAACCGGAGUCAAUCGCUCGGCUCCUGCAGCGCCAACAGUUCCCAGAUCGCCCACGCCAUUUCAUUCCGAGGAUUGGAGUGUCCCGAUGCGAGUACUUUGCCUUUGCCGCCAGAACCGGCUGAGUUGAGCGACCGUAGCCACUUUGAGCAGUGCUUCGAACGGCUAGCCAAACUAGGAGAAGGGUCCUUUGGUGAGGUGUUUCAAGUCCGAGAUCGCUCCGACGGGCGACUGUACGCCGUAAAGAUCUCCAAACAGCUUUUCCGAGGCGAACAGUAUCGGGCCGAGCGACUGGAGGAGGUGCGGCGGUACGAGGAGUUUUCUGGUCACGAAAACUGCAUUCGGUUUAUUCGAGCCUGGGAGCAAUACGACCGGCUUUACAUGCAAAUGGAACUCUGCCGCGAAAGCCUGGAGCAGUACUUGCUACGCUGCCAAAGGAUACCCGAGGAGCGCAUCUGGCACAUUCUGCUGGAUCUCCUGAGGGGCUUAAAGUCACUGCACGACCGCAAUCUAAUCCACCUGGACAUCAAGCUGGACAAUGUGCUGAUUGGCGAGGACGACGAGACGUGCAAACUAGCAGACUUCGGCCUGGUCAUCGAUGUGGACAGGGCCAAUAGCCAUCACGCCACGGAGGGCGAUUCCAGAUACAUGGCUCCGGAGAUCCUUCAGGGACACUUCUCAAAGGCGGCAGAUAUAUUUAGCCUCGGCAUUGCCAUGCUGGAGCUGGCCUGCUAUAUGGAUCUGCCAUCCAACGGCCCACUGUGGCACGAACUAAGACAGGGUAUUCUGCCCGAGGAGUUUAUAAAUAAAAUAUCCGUGGAGCUGCAGCUUGUUAUUAAGUCUAUGAUGAUGCCCGAUCCUGCGCAGAGACCCACAGCAGAUCAAUUACUAUCACAUCCCAAGCUGCAGCGUCUGCAGCAGAAGCGCAAGUCGCUGAUGAACCUUAGUAUGCUGACGCGAAGUUUUCGGCGAUCGCGCCGUGCCAUCUGGGGAAGAAUGUGCAAUUGGAAAACGGCUGCCUUACGUUAUCUUUUUUACUUCCUGGAGGUCCUGCAUUUAUGCAAACCCAUCGCCCCUUCGCAACCUAGCAUCAAUUUGUGUCCCACCUCGCCCUCGUCGAAGGGAGCGCCCCUGCUGCCCCGAGUGGAAUUCCAGCUGGUAGGAUCCACGCCCAUUGCCAACCGUGACUGUUACGCCUCCGAUUUCCUUUCCGGCGAGGAUCCAUUGGAGCUAUCCAAUCAAGAAAGCCCGAACGUAAUAAACUCCACGCCAACCAAUCUAGGCAAAUCACGAAUAGAUUUGCUUAAAAAUAAGUUAGUUUUGUACGAUUUCGAAAGUCCCUGCUCCGACCUGUCUUCCCCAAAAGUCCUCGACACAUCCUCGUUCCGACGCAAAAAACUUUUCGUUAUGGAAUUUGACGACGAGUGAGUUGUGAACGAAGACAACGAGAAAUGGAAACCCAAUGAAUUUAUAAUACAAACAAUAUAUAUAUAUCAGUUACGAAACAAAUACCAGAUACAUAUGGCAACCGAAUAUAUCGUUAAUAUAUUAAGCUUAGUUUUAGACUGUAGAGUUGUACGAAGUUUCCUAGAUUUAGUCUUACAAUUGUGUAAUGUUAAUGCUUCUUUAGAAGAACUUGUUGAACUUGAACAUUUAAUCAUGUGAUAUAAAUAUGAAAAGCGAUUUGAAAAGUUUAAAAAUAAAAACUAUUAAUUAAAAUUGCA